UUUUUUUUUUUGGGAUUAAUUACUCUUUUAAUUUACAAGAUUUUUGGGAUUAAUUCAAAAACCUUAAAACAUGUUUCAGCAAAAACAAAAAAAUAAUAAAGUCAAAACCUCUGUUCCUGAAAACAUUUCUUUCUCUCUCUCGUGUGUCUCUCUUCUCUGUUCUUCUUCCAGCAUCUUCCACCGUCGAAAUAAUCCUUUUUAGGGUUUUUCUUGUCUCUCUUCUCUGUUCUUUAAUCUUCUAUUUUUAGAGUUUUUUCAACGUUUGGGGGAAAUUGGUCUUCUUCUCUCUUCUUAGUUUCACUUGAGUUCUCGUUGCGAUCUGCUUCGUUUCUAGCGUACAUCCAUUGUCACGCCACUGCCGCCACCGACAUUGCGUGAGUAUUCAAAACCAUUAUUACCUUUUUCUUAUAAAUGUCAUCGCAACCGUACUUUAUAGUAUCACAGCACUUAACUUGAAGUUACACUUGUACACUACUUACUCACUCUUCCUUCUUUUCCUAUGGUUGAUGCCUUUAUCAUAUUUUAACAUCGCUAAGUCCAGAACACUCUGUACCUACAGGCACAUUCACAAUGCCUCGUUAUUCAACCAACAUCCUUCCAUUUUCCCCUCACUCUUACGUGAAUUCUCGAAUACCCUUAUACAUGUUAAAUCCAUCCACGCACAAAUUAUUAGGAAUUCUGCAUCCACUCAACACUUUCUGGCCACAAAACUUAUCAAAGCCUAUUCUGAUUUGGGCUUUUUCAAUUCUGCAUACAAGGUGUUUGAUCAAUGUCCUCACCGGGAAACCACACUGUGUAAUGCCAUGAUGAAUGGAUUUGUUAAGAACCGUGAAUACAAGGAGGUUCCUAAGUUGUUUAAAAUGAUGGGGUCUAGUGAUAUUGAAAUAAAUAGUUAUACUUGUGUGUUUGCUCUUAAGGCUUGCACUGCUUUGCUGGAUAAUGAGAUUGGUAUGGAAAUUGUUAUAUUGGCUGUUAGAAAGGGAUUGCAUGUCAAUGGGCAUGUUGGCAGUUCAAUGAUUAACUUUUUGGUGAAAUCUGGUAAUCUUGAUGAGGCACGAAUGGUCUUUGAUGGCAUACCUGAAAGGGAUGUUGUAUGUUGGAAUUCGAUUAUUGGAGGUUAUGUGCAGGAGCGCCUUUUCAAGAAAGCAAUUCAAAUGUUUGUUGAGAUGAUUGGUUGUGGGAUAAGGCCAAGUCCUGUGACAAUGGCUAGUUUACUCAAAGCAUGUGGUGAAAGUGGACUAAAGAAACAUGGAAUGUGUGUUCAUGCUUUUGUACUUGCAUUAAGCAUGGGCCAUGAUUUUUUUGUGCUUACUUCAUUGGUUGAUAUGUAUUGUAAUGUAGGUGACACUGACAGUGCUUUUUUGGUUUUCAAUAGCAUGUGCAAUAGAAGCUUGAUUUCAUGGAAUGCUAUGAUUUCAGGAUGUGUUCAAAAUGGUAUGGUGCCUGAAUCUUUCGCUCUCUUUCAAAGACUGGUCCAAAGUGGCGAAGGGUUUGAUUCGGGGACCUUGGUUAGCCUUAUUCGGGGAUGUUCUCAAACAUCUGACUUGGAAAAUGGAAAAAUGCUCCAUGCUUGUAUCAUUAGAAAAGGACUAGAAUCAAAUGUAGUUUUGUCCACUGCAAUUGUUGACAUGUAUUCUAAAUGUGGCGCUAUAAAGCAGGCAACUAAUGUUUUCAGAACAAUGGAUAAAAGGAAUGUAGUUACUUGGACUGCUAUGCUGGUGGGUUUAUCGCAAAAUGGCUAUGCAGAGGAUGCCUUGAAAUUAUUUGGUCAGAUGCAAGAAGAAAGUGUGGCUGCCAAUUCUGUCACUCUUGUUAGUCUUGUGCAUUGCUGUGCUUACCUAGGAUCUCUCAAGAAAGGAAGGAGUGUCCAUGCUCAUUUGAUCCGUCAUGGUUAUGCAUUUGAUGCUGUUAAUAUGUCAGCUUUGAUUGAUAUGUAUGCCAAGUGUGGUAAAAUUUACUAUGCUGAGAAGCUAUUCUAUAACGGGUUCCAUUUAAAAGAUGUUAUACUUUGUAACUCUAUGAUCAUGGGUUACGGAAUGCACGGCCAAGGACAUCAAGCUCUUGGUGUCUAUGAUAGAAUGAUAAAUGAAAGGCUCAAGCCAAACCAAACUACCUUUGUUUCUCUGCUAACAGCAUGCAGUCACUCGGGCCUCGUUGAAGAGGGCAGGACUUUGUUCCAUUGUAUGGAAAGAGAUCAUAACAUUAAGCCUAGUGACAAACACUAUGCUUGUUUUGUGGAUCUUCUUAGUCGGGCAGGCUGUCUUGAGGAAGCAGAUGCAUUAGUGAAACAAAUUCCCAUUGAACCGAACACAGAUGUGCUCGAAGCUUUGCUCAAUGGUUGCAGAAUCCAUAAAAAUAUAAAUAUGGGGAUACAAAUUGCAGAUAGAUUAAUUUCUUUAGAUUACUUGAACACGGGAAUUUAUGUCAUGUUGUCAAAUAUAUAUUCUGAAGCAAGAAAAUGGGAGUCAGUUAACUACAUAAGGGGCCUCAUGAGGAUAAGGGGCCUGAAGAAAACACCUGCUUUUAGUUCAAUUGAAGUAGGUAACCAAGUGUACACAUUUUUUGCUGGUGAUGAUUCACAUCCUGGUUGGGUAGAUAUUAAGCAAUUGCUAGAAAAUUUGAGGCUUGAGGUGGAGGCUUCUGGUUAUGUAGCUAAUACCAGUUGUGUUCUUCGCGAUGUAAAUGAGUCGAUGAAGGUUCAGUUGCUUUGGGGACAUAGUGAGAGAUUAGCUAUAGCAUUUGGUCUUCUAACCACACCAUACGGAAGCUUGAUUCAAAUCACCAAAAAUCUUCGUGUUUGUGUUGACUGUCAUACUGUCACCAAGUACAUAUCAAAAAUAGUUAAGAGGGAAAUUAUUGUUAGGGAUGCUAACCGUUUUCAUCACUUUGUUAAUGGGGAAUGUUCCUGCAAUGAUUACUGGUAAUUAGGAUAUGUUUCGAAAGCUUUGGGCAAAUGGCAAAAGCUAACUUAAAAGGACAUUAAUUGGUACCCAUAUCUCUAAUUUGGAUGAAUCAUAACAUGCUCACAAUGAAAGAAAUAUAUUUAUGUCUAUUGACGAAACUCACUAUUAAAAUUUAAUAGUGAGUACACCAAGGAUCAAAUCAGAGUACACCAAAGAUCAAAAUGUGGAGUUCUAACCGAAGCACAAAACUCAAUUAGCACAAGAAAUGGAAAUGGUUUUGCUCCUGGAACAGUUCAUUCUGCUAGUUUGGAGAAUUUCCCUGAAACUAAAAAUGGUAUUCUUCAGCAGCAGCAGCAGUGCCAUUAUCUUGACAUAUCUCUGUCUCAAGCUCCUCCGACGCCUGCGAAAUAUGGUCCUCAAAAGCAAGUAAGCUUAUGAAUACUUUUGGUAAUGACGUUUCGCCUUGUCCUCUCUUCCUCAUGCUCUGAUGAUUAUGUUUCAUAUUCUGCAGAGUUUCAAUUUCUUGUCCUUGUUGACUGGAGGUGACGGGUUAACGGCAGGCGAGUGUUUUAAUAAAGGCGGAAGUAGGUUUGGAACAUUUCUCAAAAUCGCAAGUGCCUUAUUUUCGGUCUAUGCAACAGCAGCAUGGGCUCAUGCCAAUAUCUACAACUCCACCAAGUCAGUAUACCUCAACCUACCUGGAUAAGCUUCCUGCUGCAGGACCACAGGUUUUAAUCUCUCUUGCUGUAGACUCUAAUGUUAUGUACUUAUAUUAAUGGACUACAAAGUUUAGGGACAAUCUUUUAAAGUGACAGCUUACAUAGAUUUACAUUAAGCUUAAGUUAACCAGCCAGUUGAUUGUGUAUUGUAGUGAUGUCUUUAAAUGACAGCACACUAAACAUCAUUGAAUAACAAACAUUUUCAAAGUAGUUUGGAAGUUAUUUGAA